UUUUGCCUGACACGGAAUCGGAAUACAGAGGCUUCUGCUUGCGAUAUAUUUCACCGUUCGCACUUGUUUACGUUUGCCAUUAAAAUUUUCCAAAAAAGCUACCGAGUAACAGCGGUUGAAUCGCCGGUGGCAAAGAUAUAGAACCGUGUGCCGUUGUGCGUUGGUGGAUCGCUGGAAAAUCGAAAGCGCAAAUAAACACCAACAUCAACCAUCCAAAAAUAAAUGUAGAAAAAUAAGGAAAGUCCACGAGAGUAACAAAUUAAAUUUGGUUUUAGCCAAAAGAACAAAAGCGAGCUAAGGAACAAGGAAAAAAAGCCAGCGAAGAAAGAAAAAGCCGGAGGAGCAGGUGAAACAGGUGGACGCAGGAGACCCACCCACCCGAAAGAAACUAUCAGCAGGUGACAGCAAAGCCAGCAGAAAGUCAGCACAAAUAUGUCGAGCGAUUCGAGUCGAAGGAUCCAGGUGCCCGAGGAGCUAAAGGAGGUGCUGCUGCAGUUCUCGAUCUCCUUCCUGGUGGAACAACCGCCGGACGUGAUCGAUUACGCCGUGGAGUACUUCACCAAACUGCAGUCGGAACGCCCGAGCGUCUCUCACACGGAUCAAAGCACCGAUGACCAGCUGAGCGUCAACUCACAGGAUGCCGAUGCGGAACCACCAGUGAUGGCCAGCUCGCGCCGCAAAUCAGUUUUCGCCGAGGCCUACGAUCCGGAGGCGGAUGACGACGAUGAUGGCGCCACCGCCGUGUUCCCCAAGACAGAUGAGCAGCGCGCCCGGCUGGUCGAGUCGGUGAAGAACGUCCUCCUCUUCCGAUCCCUCGAGAAGGAGCAGAUGAACCAAGUCCUGGAUGCCAUGUUCGAGCGGAAGGUUCAGCCGGGUGACUUUAUCAUCCGCCAGGGUGACGACGGCGAUAACUUUUAUGUUAUUGAAUCUGGCGUCUACAAAGUCUAUAUUAAUGACAAGCACAUUAACACCUACAAUCACACUGGACUCUUCGGUGAAUUAGCGCUGCUCUACAAUAUGCCCAGAGCGGCCACCGUUCAGGCGGAAACGAGUGGUCUACUUUGGGCCAUGGAUCGCCAGACCUUCCGCCGCAUCCUCUUGAAGUCGGCCUUCAGGAAGCGGAAAAUGUACGAGGAGCUGUUGAACAGCGUGCCCAUGCUGAAGGCUUUGCAGAACUACGAACGCAUGAAUCUGGCGGAUGCCUUGGUUUCGAAGAGCUACGACAAUGGCGAACGCAUCAUCAAACAGGGUGACGCCGCCGACGGCAUGUACUUCAUUGAGGAGGGAACGGUAUCCGUGCGCAUGGACCAGGACGACGCCGAGGUGGAGAUCUCCCAGCUGGGCAAGGGACAGUACUUCGGCGAGCUGGCGCUGGUGACACAUCGACCCCGGGCAGCAUCCGUCUACGCCACGGGCGGCGUCGUCAAGCUAGCAUUCCUCGAUGUCAAGGCCUUUGAGCGUUUGCUGGGUCCCUGCAUGGAUAUUAUGAAGCGCAACAUUGACGACUACGAGUCGCAGUUGGUGAAGAUAUUCGGCAGCAAAAACAAUAUCACCGAUACACGAUAAAAAGUCUGAACAACCAACCAACCAACAAAACAACCAACCAACAACCACCAUCAACAGCUAGAACACACGGCAACUGAAAGUGAAAGGUCACUUGCAGGCUUCUUAGGAUUUUAUUUUGUAACCAUGUUUCUUUCUAAUUGAGCAACUCAACGGACAGCAGAUAAGAGAUAAGAGCAGAUCACAAGCCACAGCAAUGCACAAAUACCAAACAAAACACAAGGACACAAAAUCAUUUAAACUUAAUCAUGAAUAUUUGAUAAUUGAAAUUAAUCUAUAAUACUACGAUAAUAAUGAUUAUGAUGAUGAUAAGAUAGUGUUGAUCAUGUUGGGGAGAAGCUUCGCCAUGUUUCUAAUCCAAAACAAAAAAGCAAGCAAGCUGGCGAGUUAAGAAUUGUAUUGUAUGUAUUUAGCAAUUGUAAUUUGUAAUGUAUUUAAUUGGGCAAAACUGAAUUCAAAUGCAAUCAGCAAAGAGAAGCAACAACAAACGAUUGGCUCAACGGAAAUGUUAAAAAUACUAAUUUAAGUUUUGUUUAUUCAUAACUUUUUGUUAUCCAUUGAUUUAUUCAUAAUUUAGAAAAUAACGCAAUCACUUGUUUCUUUGGCUGCUAGUUACUGAUAAGUAAAAAGAAGAGUAAGAAAAUAUAUCAAAUAAGAGCAAAUAGAACACACACACACGCACACAACACACAUCAGCUAAGAUCCCACAUCAAUCGGGAGAUACUUACCCCAGAAUCGAGAAGUAUUCGAGCGGGGAACCCCAAACCAACAACCAAUUAAUGUUUGUAUGUACUAGUCUAUACAAGAAGCAUCGGAGAGUAGGAAAGAUAUCAGAUUUGCAGGUCCCCGAGAUGAUGAAGGCUUUCCACUUCCUAAAGCGAUCUCACAAUAGGCACACGAGGAUGUUAUUUUGUUAUUCAGUUCUCGGAGCGGAACGAAAAGAAAACAAAUAAGUAAGGCUAAUGGCACAAUCAAUAUGUUGCAUGGGAUCAACUUAGAAAACUUUGAGAAAAACUAGCGAAAAAUACGAAAUUUAGCUGAGAGCGCGGGUUGAGAACGGGAAAAGGAAAAGGAAAAGUGGAGUGCACCAGCACCAGGGGAUAAUUGCUUAGACCGCUUUUCGAUAUAUCCUUAUAUGUAUUCAUAUCCUUUAUAUCCUUUUUCGGGCCAUGGCGAAAAGGAAUCCAAGCAAUAUCGAUGGCCUGGAUAAUGUGUACUUAGUAUGUCCCACUGUUUUUGUUGCUGUUCAAUACCUGUUCUACCCUAUACCUAAACACAUACCUAUAUCUCUAUUUAUAUAACUGAAUGAGCUUAAACUAUGGUAACGCCUACCUAAAUCUUAACGACUCCAACUACUUUAUAUGAGUGUAACCGUAUUGUUUUGAACAAACAGCGUAACUAAACAAAUCGUAGAGGGAUAAUCAAUGAACUUGCAUACAUACGUAGGUAUAAUAUUAAAUUAAAUUAAAUUAAAUCAAUUCAACUGGCAUACCAACAGUCGACAGGUGUUCAAAGCUAAAAGAAACUACAUAUAAAGAAACCGAAAAUAUCAUAUGUGUAAAAUUGUAAAGCUGCUGCAAGGCGUUCAAAUUGCCAGCGAGGAAUAAUACAACUAAAGUAUAUAAAAGUAUGUUUUUAAUCUUAAUUGGUGUCUAGUCUAUGUUCAAGACUUUAAAGCAACAAAUUCUUGGAAAUUUUCGAAACAAAAAGAACGCGAUGAGAUGACGAGUUCGAGAAAAACAUAAAUAAUAACUAUUAUAUCAAGCGAGUAAAGUUAUAGAAAUUAAUUAAGGUGCAGAAAGUGCUGGCCAUUUUCUUCCACAAACCAACAACCACAACACGCACACACACUCCACCCACACAACAACACUUACGCACACACACAAGCCAUAUUGAAUACUGUCAUCAAGCAAAGCUCAAAAAAAAGAAUAUUUAAAAAAUCGUUGAAAUCACCGAUGACAAGCUCUAAACGCGCAAACUUCAAAUUAAAGUCACAGAGGAACGAGUACAUUAAAUACAAAAAUAGUAAAGCCUAUUCGUAUUUUAACUGUUGUGUUGUAAUUAUGCAUAAAGCGUAUUAAUUAUGUAUGUGUAACAAAAAUAAAAGAGAAAAACAAAUACAAACGAAAAGAAAACAAAUAAAGAGUAUGUAUUACUAAACAAAACAAAAGCAUAUUUCCAGAAUUGAAGGUGUAGACACUGAGAGAAAGGGAAGCACACAUUUUAUUUAAAUUAAGCGCCGAAGAAGCUGCAUUAACACAUUAAAAAGCCAAUCAAAUUCAAAGUUUCCUGCUUUUGCCAUUAACAUUAUUAUUAUUAUUUCCCUUAUUAUCAUUUACCGAUGCCAAAACAUUGAUUUAAUUAACGAGCGGUUAAUAGAAUGGCAAAGAAUGUUUAUUUAUAAGACCGAAGCGAUAAUGAUUAUUUAAAUAUGAAAGAAUUCAACUAACUUCAUAUUAAGAUGUCCUUGUUAUGUCGCAAAGAAUUAAUAAAAAUAAAAGUGAAAAAACAAUUGAAAACCAGAAAAAGCAAACAUGACGAAUUAAUACCAGUUUAAUAAAUGCGAUAAAACAAAUAAAA